AAGGAGGCUCUUGAACGUUUCAAGGUUCGCGAAAUUUGUGAAGGGUGGGGGGUUUAUCGCGACGCUGCAGAAUGGGAGAACUAUCGCUCCAUGUUCUUUGACGACGCCUACAUCGCGACCAGCUGGAAACAGGGCAACAUCGAUGAGUUCAUCGAAGCCUCCAAAGCUGGUUUCGAAAAAGGAUCCAGGUUCAUGUACAUAUUGCAUCGCAUCAUCGGUUCCCAAGUCGACAUGAGCCCCGAUCUUACUCGUGCAGUCUGCAAGAUGAAAAUCACGAUUACCUGCCGAUUCACCUUUGACGAUAUCGAGAUGGACAAUGACGCCGACUGCCGCUUUUUCUUCUUCCUCGAAAAGAGGGGACAGAGAUGGGGAGUAGUAUUUUAUACGCUGCUGUUCGACAAGGACAAAUUCACACCGGUCAACCCCGAGCGCAUCUACAGUAUCCCCGAAGAUGAAGUCAAGCAAUAUCCUAGCGGCUACAAAUAUCUGGCAUGGGCCGAGAACAAGAUCAGUCAACCACCUAAGAUGAACCUCAACGCGCAUGGUCCAGAGCGCAACAUCUUGUACGGGCGCAUGAAAACGUGGUUAGAGGGG